CUUCACAUUCAUAUCUAUUGACUACACUUCACUCACGUAUUGCCUCUUCUUCUCUCCCACCAAGGUGAUGGAUACUCUGUCCAUGCUUUCCUUCUCCACGGUCGCACAACAGGCAGGAAUCAAGCCCUUUCCAACAGAGGAGAGUCUGAAAGACGAGGAUAUUUACAGUCAUCUGAAGGACCUGAUUGAUGAGAAUGUUCUAGAGGAUGAGGAAGAGUUGUAUGCUCCAGUCUACGGGUUGGAUGACACCGAUGAAGGAGGAGAGAUCUAUGAAGACCUGAUGAGGACCGAACAGCACCCUACACUGAAGCAGGCUGAGAAUGUGAGAAGCUGCUGCCUCUCAGAGAUCAAACAAACAGAGGAGAGAUACACAGAGACCCUGGAGUCUAUAGAGAAGUACUUUUUGAAUCCACUGAAGAAAUUUUUCACUGCGUCAGAAAUCGACAAGGUUUUCGUCAACAUCCCUGACCUGGUGAAAGUCCAUAAGAGUCUGAUGGUGGAGGUGCAAGAGUCCAUUCUCAACAAGAACGCCUUAAACCUCUACCAGGUCUUCAUUGCCUAUAAGGACAGGCUACUCAUUUAUGGAAUCUACUGCAGCAACGUUGAGAUAUCCAUCACAGUGUUGGACUUUAUUUGUAAGGAGAAAGAGGACGUACGACUAAAGCUAGAGGAAUGUUCUAAAAGAGCCAACAAUGGGAAGUUCACUCUGAGAGAUCUACUGGUGGUUCCCAUGCAGAGAGUCCUCAAGUACCAUCUCCUACUACAGGAGCUGGUCAAACACACCCCCGACGCAGCCGACAAGAACAACCUGAAGAUGGCUCUGGAUGCCAUGAAGGACUUGGCUCAGUAUGUCAACGAGGUGAAGAGAGACAAGGAGACUCUGAAGGAGAUCAACCAGUAUCAACGCUCCAUCGAGAACCUGAACCAGCCCCUGGAGAGCUUCGGACGGCCCAAGGGGGACGGAGAGGUCCGAAUGGUGUCUAAUGUUGACAAGAAGAAACAGGACAGGUGA